AUGGCAGAAACAAAAACUGUGCAUUCACCGCUGGUUACUUAUGCUUCAAUGCUUUCACUUCUAUCUCUCUGCCCUCCUUUCGUUAUUCUACUAUGGUAUACCAUGGUACAUGCUGAUGGGUCGGUUUGUCAAACUUGGGAUUACUUGAAGCAACAUGGCUUGCAAGGAUUUAUAAACAUUUGGCCAAGGCCCACUGCAAUUGCCUGGAAAAUUAUUGCUUGUUAUGCAGCAUUUGAGGCUGCACUGCAGCUUCUUUUACCUGGAAAAAGGGUUGAGGGUCCAGUUUCUCCUGAAGGAAACCGACCUGUUUACAAGGCAAAUGGUGUGGCAGCAUAUGUGGUGACUUUAGUUACCUAUCUUAGCCUUUGGUGGCUUGGUAUAUUCGACCCAUCGAUUGUUUAUGAUCAUUUGGGAGAAAUAUUUUCUGCUCUCAUUUUUGGAAGCUUCAUCUUCUGUGUUUUCUUAUACAUAAAAGGUCAUUUGGCUCCAUCAUCUACAGAUUCUGGUUCGUGUGGAAACAUAAUAAUCGACUUCUAUUGGGGUAUGGAGCUGUAUCCUCGAAUCGGAAAGAACUUCGACAUCAAAGUUUUCACAAACUGCAGAUUUGGGAUGAUGUCUUGGGCUGUUCUGGCAGUAACCUAUUGCAUUAAGCAGUAUGAGCAGAAUGGGAAAGUAGCUGAUUCCAUGCUUGUAAAUACAAUUUUGAUGCUGGUGUAUGUCACAAAGUUUUUUUGGUGGGAAGCUGGCUACUGGAACACAAUGGAUAUUGCACAUGAUCGAGCUGGAUUCUAUAUUUGCUGGGGAUGCUUGGUAUGGGUGCCAUCUGUGUAUACUUCUCCUGGCAUGUACCUUGUUAACCAUCCUGUGAACCUUGGACUUCAGCUUGCACUCUCUAUACUAGCGGCAGGCAUUCUCUCCAUAUAUAUCAAUUAUGAUUGUGACAGGCAAAGGCAAGAAUUCCGCAGAACAAAUGGCAAAUGUUUGGUAUGGGGAAAGGCUCCAUCAAAGAUUGUGGCCUCAUACAAAACGACAUCUGGGGAAACAAAGACAAGCCUCCUUUUGACAUCAGGAUGGUGGGGCUUAUCCCGUCAUUUCCAUUAUGUACCUGAAAUAUUGGCUGCUUUUUUCUGGACUGUCCCGGCUCUUUUCAAUCAUUUUCUACCCUAUUUCUAUGUGAUAUUUCUAACCAUCCUUCUGUUUGACCGAGCUAAAAGGGAUGAUGAUCGAUGUCGAUCCAAGUAUGGGAAGUACUGGAAGUUGUACUGUGAGAAGGUUCGCUACCGGAUUGUUCCUGGAAUCUACUAA